AUGUUCGGGGAGGCGCCGCCCCAGAAGCUGUAUCACACCCGUCAGGCCGUGUCAUCCCCCGGGAGCAGCGCCUCGCCCGCGACGGGCAAGCCCUGGCAGGCGCCGCGUUCCCCCACCCACACCCCUAAGAGCCCGAGUGGCUCUGGGCCGCGCAACCUGAAUCAGACGUCGUACAAGGGCAAGUCGAAGAAGGGGAGGCGCCCUGGUACGGCCGACUCUGACCGGCCGCUGCUGAGCCCCAGCAACGAUGACGACCAGAGGCUGUCCGCGCCGCUGUCGGACGUGUAUUUGCAUUAUCGCCAGUCGCUCAACUCGCUCAAUCACAUUAUCGACCAGGACGACAAGCAGUCCCUGGCCGAGCUGCAUGACUAUCUGAGUGGCGAUCGGAACGAGGAGCCGGACAAGUCGCCUUACUACGACGACGGCUUCGUCGCGACGUCCCCGACCUCCACGAAGGCGGAGCGCCGGCGGUCGCUGCCCUCGCGCAUGUCCAUGGCUUCCGUGACGUCCGAAUGGAGUCUCAUGCUCUCGCCUCCGCCGGAGGAGUCGACGUUCCAGGCUCGCCGACGGCGGGCUGCGAAGCUGACACAGUUCUUUGGUGUCAACUACCGCGACCUCAUGAUUGAGAUCUUGGACAGCAUAGAGAAGGGUCUUGAGGAGGAGCGCGGCAAGGGCACACUCAAGCCAGAUGAGAUCCAGGAUCUCAUGCGCAAGCUGGUCAAACUCAAGACAAAGCGCCACAAUUUCUCCUAA